AUGCCACCCAAAAAGAGUACCAUCAAGAGCAUUCAGUACGAUGGUGGUACCAGACGGUCCCGUCGAGUCGCUCAACGACCAGAUGGUUUCUUCAGCGAGCAAGCGCAGCAGGAGCGCAAUGAAUCCUCGAGAAAAGAGCUUGAAGCGGUCAUACCCUCACGUUCUCCGAGGAAGCGAAAGGCUCCUAGUGAGCAUUCGGACUCAUCGCGGUCGAGGCUGAAGGAACUUAAGCCUCUGCCUAAGCCAGAGCCUUUGAACAAGGAGGCUUUCAUGGCCGAUCUCAAAACCGACUACACCGAGAAAAUGGAGAAGGCGAGGGCUAAGCCUAAGCUUGCUAAGAAUAAAGUGGUUUGGGGACCGGUGAAGAACCAGAUCGAUGAUCUGGAAAAGGUACCCAAGGGCUGGACCAUGGAUGAGCCGGAUCUAGACCCAAAUGACUUUACUGCUCAGAUUGCGAGAUGUAAGGAGCGUAUUCGGGAAAAGGUGAUGCCUACAGCAUAUGAGAACAAAUUGAAGGAGUUGUUGAAACUCCAGAAGGGAAGGAUGGAUCUGAUGUCUGAAAUGCCGGAUGUGAGCUUGAAGGUGGCUCUACGACUGAAAGCUCUUGAAGGAUCCUUGGCGUGGGUCCAAGAGACCGGAGAUGAGUUCAACGUCGCAUGUAGUUUAGAAGCCAUUAUCGAUGCCUACAAAUCGGGCAGUCUGGACUGGGUUGACGGUUUGGUCACAUAUUGGAACAAGGGUGUUCAACUUUGCCGACCGAGGCCCUUCGACUGGCGCGAGUUCUAUCAUCUUUAUGCUUUACACAAAGGAUCUGAAACCGGUUUCCACACGGAAGGUCUCUUUGGACCUGGGCCCCUCGGUCAGAACCUCUACUUCAACAAGUUCACACAAUGGGCACCUGACCCAACCGACACAUGGGCUAAAUUUAUUGAGGUAAAAAUUUGUUUGCGAGCCCCCCCGGAUAAUACGAGAAAUACUCUUCCCGCCGAAUUCAGCAUGAUUGAUGAUACCGGUGCAUCUAUGAUGCAAAUCUACGCAGGUGAUGUCGAUUACAUGAGAGAAAAUUGUCCCAUGACCUUGAUCGAUGGGCCAUUUGAUAUGCCUCCACUGCUCGGUGUUGUUGUAAUGGUACUGGCCGACGGAACUGAGAACAGUCGUUACUGCAGAGCAAUCGAGGCCAACCUCCGCAAACCCAAUGGAGGUUAUGCUGGCCCAUGGGAACCUAUCCCCGUCUCCAUUGAGCCGGGCGAUGCUAUUGUAAACGGCCACAAAAGGUGUCGCCUGAAUGGUCCCUGGUUGCGAUGGAGGCUCUACACCGCCACUGUUCCCCACAAGACGACACUCAAUGUUUAUAGUUACAAUCCCUCGACGUCAGCUAACAAUGUCCGCAAGAUCUCAGACGCGGGACCUGUCAUCGCUAUGGAUCAUUCCCACAUCGCGGUUCGGGACGAGGCCGAUUUUCCUGAUACCCGACAGCUUACAUCCAGCUGCCCAUUCUGCAACAAAUCAUUUCAAAAACCAGAGGUAACGCGAAGACACAGCAAGAACUGUGCAAAGAAGAGCAAUCAACCCGCGCCUCCAGCCGCCAAACCAGGCAGGAAGCGGCAAUCCUGUGAUCUCUGCUUCUUUGCCAAGGCAUCAUGCGACAAAGGCACGCCCUGUUCUCGCUGUCGGUCAUUUUCGCGUGAGUGUACUUUCUCGGUGCAACACGCUUCAAGAUCCAGCAGUCCUGCCGUCAUCCCGCGUGCACCGUCUCAUCCAUCGCGAGCGACCUUGAAAGGCAGUGGACCAUUCUCUUUUCUCCGACAUUUUGCCGAUCCCUCUUUUCAAAAAGAUCGAUUGGCAAUCGGGGAGACUGCAAAAUGCUCCGUUCGACGGAAUCUGGAAACACUCCAUUCGCAUAUCGAAGAUGCCCUCGUUCCCACGGACAUCAUGUCCACUUUUGGCGACUUUCAAAUCCCAAGCUUGCCUUUCCAAUUACCAUCAAAUCUCCCUUCAUUUGCUGAUGAGUACUUCCUAACCCAAUUCAACCCCAAUGUCCUCUUCCCCUCCAAGCUUUCAACGCAAUUAUCCGAGAUCAUGGCCGAACUAGCCGAAACCUCAAAAUCAAUGGGUCUCGGAAGUCCCGAUUCCCCACACGAGCUGGACUUCACAGAGCUGUCCCACCUCCUGGACGUCUCCCAUAUCUCAGCAUCAAUAACGGCCUUCUUCCAAUCCCUUCACUGGCACUUGCCAGUAGUUCACUUUCCCACCUUCGAUCCAGGCAAUAUAUCAAACUCCCUCCUGCUCUCAAUAUUCUUAUCUGGUGCUACAUACACCACACCGCUAGAUGGGAAAGGUCUACCAUCUGCGCUCUUCGAUGUGGCCGAGGAGUAUAUCUUCCGGCAAAUCGCGAGGCUCUCUACAUUUGCACUACCGAAGGAUCAUUCAACCAUACAGUUAAUCCAAAGUGCACUCAUUAUUGAGAUGCUUCAGUUCGGUCGCGACAAUAUGCAAACGAGACGUCGGAUUCGAAUCGUCCGGCAUCCGUGCUUGGUGUCUACUAUACGCUCCCUUGGGAUAUUCCAACUCAAGCGAGAGGCUACUCCAGAUCUUUGCGAUGAAGGUACUUGGAGGGAUUUGGUGGCGGAGGAGGUUUGUAUAAGAAUUGCUUGCUGGGGUUUCCUAGCCGACGGUUUCCUCACAGUAUGUUUCAAGAACCACCCAUCCAUAUCGGUUUUCGAAAUGAAUUGCAAUUUCCCCUGGAGUUCCGGGCUUUGGGAAGCCGAGAGCGCGUCCUCCUUCAGUAAAAUUGCCACGAGUCAUUCGACGGAGCGACCACUUCCUCGACUAAGUGACGUGGUUACACAAUUACUCGAGAAACCAUUGAGCGAAGGCCAAAUACCCUGGAGUCUAUCUAUAUCAGUGGAACACCUCCUUAUUCUCAUAUACGAAGCCAUCAACUCCGUCGCCUUCCAAGUAAGAGCAGGGCUCUUAAAAUACCUCUCCCUUGACAGAAUCCGCUGUGCCUCCAGCAACUGGAAGCGUGUCUGGGACUCCGUCAUUGGACUCUUAGACCAAGACCGUCUCCUUCACCUCGGAUAUCCAAAACACGCACAGGAGCUUUGGUGGUUGCUGAAUGCGACAUUAGAGGCGACAGGGAAAUCCGAGGCUAGGCUACAGUACAUGGAUAACAGCGCUACCGAUGAUCUGGGUGACUUGAACGAGUUUAUUCAAUGGUGCUAUCAAAGCGCACCGCAAUUAAGUGGGUAUUAA